CAUCGACGCAUGAUCUUGAGUACCGUCUUCUGCCUAUCCGUAUUUCUCUCCGUUGGCAUCAUUCCCGCAGCCCUCCCAUGAAUUAGAUGCGAGAGACGCCUGGUCCAUACCACAUCUCUUCUAAUCAAACGGCCUGCUGGUCGUAUAGUAUACCCUACGUACAGUUACUUUCUGGAGAACUCUUUGGCAUCUAUCUUACCGAGUUGAAACAUCCGGCCCGUGCCACCGGGUAUUCCUCUCGUGCCGACGCCUAUCCCCGCAUCAGAGGACCCGGAUUAUUGAAAGCUCACGUGUGACCCGAAGAGGAUGAAUCCUCGGUCUUCCCGUUCAUGAUACACCAAGGAUACCUACCAAAGAGAUAGAUGAUGGGAGAUCAAAUCACCCAAGUGCAGCCGGUCCGACCUGGAAGCCCCGGAAAGAAGAAGGAUGAGGGAGAUGGAGGGGAAGCAGGAACUAAGAAGCCUGGAUCAAAAGCCCCGGGCCGGAAAAGGACAAAAACGGGGUGUCUAACAUGUCGGAGACGGCGCAUCAAAUGUGGAGAGGAGAAGCCAACUUGUCAUAAUUGUACAAAGUCCAAGCGCCAGUGUGAGGGGUACAAUCAACGGGUCAUAUUCAAAGAUCCUCUAAAUUCCUAUCGAGGGCCAGCAGUGUCCACGUCUUCACAGGCAUCAUUCUCACAACGCACCUCUAAGGCCCGUCAUGGGGAAUCAUCCCAACAAUCAUCAUCAGCCCCCGGCCCACUACCAAUUGCUCCAAAACCCUCCGGAUCCUUUGGACCCUCCGUUACGCCUUCCGAUAUGGCUACUGUGUCUGCUCCAGGUGCCGAGCGAAGGGGACGUGGAUCUAAUGUUGAGUCAAAUUAUCCCACAACGACGACCAGGCAGCCCCCACUUCAGUCAAGCUCGCAGUUUACCAGUGACGUUGACACGGUUAACCAUCUUCAACUUCCGGAAUCAAGGAACAAAAACCCCCAUCAAGAUAAGGUAAACACUCACUAUGACUUCAAGGCCCGUGAAAGGGUCAGACAAGAGUCUAGAGGUGAUCCAUCUACAACAUCCGCACGGACUGCCUGGUCUGCUGGUCCAAGCAGUGCGUCCCUGCCACCCUCUCGAGAACUCUUCUAUGAUUCUAACAGCCGAUUUCCAGCGUCAGCAACAGCCUAUGCAGACUCUUCGGAUUGGCACCGUGCCUCUGCUUCACUGGCAUCAGCCGAAUCUCCCUUCACAACAUACGGCCUUGGCAGCAUGUCUAUGUUUACACAGUCAGAAAACUUUAUCCCAAAGGUUGCGACAACAUCACAACAGCACGGUGGACAUGCUCAGUUCCAGAAUGCAGAGCAGUCACGGAUAUACCCUCCUCAAGCUGGCCAACGGGACUCGGAGAAGCUGAAGAGCAUAUCCAAUCAGCAUUAUCCGGACGAAGAUGAGGAUGAUCCUUUUGACGUGUCUGAUGAUGAUGCCGAUAUGGAAGAGUACGAUGACUAUGACGAUUGGCAAGGUCUAGAUAGCCAUCUGAGGAAUAACGAUCUUGGCAUUGCUGUUGCUGUCCAGGCCGGACAAGGCAACAGAGAUCUUAGCUUCCGUUCCAUCACCUCCUUCAUCGACAGACCAAACAUGCUAGCGACAUAUGCUCCGUCUUCUCGGUCGUCGCCCCUAAAUGAUAGGAUGACAGCACGAGUCUUCUGCCAUUUCAUUAACGUAACAGGUCCAACCAUAUCUCUGUUUGAAAGGCAUCCUGCCAAUCCGUCGUUGGUUUUCCAGGGAAAUCCUGUCCCCAAAUCUCAGCAACAUAUAUGGACUUACACUUUUCCGACUUUGGCUCUCCAAAAUCCGGGACUUUUACAUGCGAUGCUCGCACUGGCAAGCCUACAUAUCGCGAAGCUUCAGAAUGGCCCUAUUACGGCGUCACUAAAGCAUUAUGCCAUCAGUCUCCGCAGAGUUGCAAAAAGCGUCGGCCUUCCCCAUCGUCGAGGACAACCCGCGACACUAGCUGCUGCCAUGCUUCUUGCCUUCUACGAGUGCUGGUGUGCAGAUCAUCAGAAGUGGAGUAACCAUCUGCUCGGUGCAAGGGUGCUAUUGAGAGAAAUCGACUUUGCAGGCAUGACCAAGUAUAUAAAAUCAGUGAAGCUGCAGGAACGUCAACAAGAGCAGGCAAGAAACUACCAAGCUCUCCAACAAGGUCUGGGCGGAUUCCCUGAUGACAUGAGCCGAUAUCAGGCAUACAGCGAGGAUGUCGAUGAAAACAUCGUAAGCAUGUUGAUGGGCAAGAAAGUACGAUAUGAUCAAUAUGGACAGAUCCUGGAGGAUAACACGACAGACUACGAGGGAAGUAGGACCUACACCCAGAGAGAGUUAGACCAAUAUGAGGUACACCGGGAUCUCUUCUGGUGGUAUUGUAAGAUGGACGUUUACCAAAGUAUUCUUGGCGGUGGCCGACUCUUCAUGGAAUAUGAUCGGUGGGGCGACUGCCCUCCACGCGCUCCGUUAGGUCGCCUUAAUGCGACAUACGGCACUUUCGAUCAUCUAAUUCUCCUCAUGGGCCGUCUUGCUGAUUUUGCAUCUAAAGAUGUUAAGAGGAAGAGGUUAGCCAUGAAAGCUAGUGGUGGAUGGCGUCCGCCUGGGGCUAUGAGAAUGCCAGCUCAACCGGGGCCACAGGGGUCGCAAGGACCACAAGGACCUCCACCAGUACCCAACUUCACUGGUAUGGUACCUGGCAUUGGGGAGGCCAAGUUGCCUAUGGGGUUCGAACCUCCCCGAGACGAAUCGUCUCAUCAGGGUGCUCAGAGCGAUGAUAUAGACCUUGAGGCCUGGAGAAUCGAGGCGGAAGAAGAAUGGCAGGAUAUUAUAAAUGCUUUUAGCAUUCUUGAAGACCACUUCGGACCGGAUUUCCAAGCCCUAGGACCCGAGUUUUCCAGGCCCAUUCAUACACCAUUCGGAACAGCCCUCCAAUACCGAACGUAUGGAAUCGCUGGCAUCUGGAUGAAUUAUUACAUGGCUCUGAUCGCCUGUCAUCGAGCCCAUCCAUCCAUGCCACCAGCGGCAAUGAUGGCUGCUGGAAUAGCUGCUCGACAAACAGCCUUUUACGCCAAUGAGCUAGGAAGAAUAGCCGCAGGGAUUGCGCCCGACUGUAGCACGACGACUGAAGUUAGCCCGGGAGUUGGCUCUGCCCUCAUAGAAUCCUCGACAUGCCUCUUCAUAUCCGCGGUACAAUAUCAAAAUGCUGAACAGCGUUCUUGGACGGUUAAUAGACUGCGAGACAUUGCCCGCUUGACCGGUUGGCAGACUGCACUUGCGAUCUGCACGGGCUGUGAGUCUUCAUGGGUGAAGAUUGCAGAGCUGGGCAGGGGGCCACCGUAUGCCAGGACUGUGGAAGAAAGGGAAGUCCCGGAUGUCUGGAGAAGCGCCAGAAGAAUCGACAGGGCUCUCCAUGGGCUGAGCGGCGAUGAGACGAAACUCACCGUGCAGAAGACGGAUAGAGUGCACUACGCUCUAGGUGUUUUAGGAGUUGAGGAGGAUUUCGAGAACUUGAAUUUGGAAAGCGACGAAAAGUUAAAAUGAGUAUGAGAAACAUGGAAUCGGGAUAUUUUCUUCGGUCUGCACUGGAAGCCAGCUGCAGCAAUGUGUACUUACGAGCCACGAAUUACUACUGUACAUAGGCACAAUAUGCCAGACGUCUUCACUCCUUUUUACCUCUAAUGACUCGAAUUGAAAGGUCGCACAGCUCCAAAAAAGGUAUGCCAUACAAUGUGUUUCGAUAUCAAGUCUAGCCCCGCU